CCUUGUCUGCUAGGAGAGCAGGAGCGCAUCAUGCCCUCUGGCCUCACCACCGGCCCUUCCCUGGGCCGGGGCAGCCCAGCCAUGAGAGAGAUGGAGCCCAAGGACCAGCAGCUCAUGGUAGCACUUCGGAUCCGCCCACUCAGUGACACGGAACUGGAAGAAGGGGCCACUGUCAUCGCCCACAAAGUGGGGGACCAGAUGGUGGUGCUCAUGGACCCCGGCGAGGACCCCGAGGACACGCUGCGCACACACCGGUCUCGGGAGAAGACCUUCAUCUUCGACACUGUUUUCGACCAGCACGCAUCACAGGAAGACGUGUAUCGUGCCACCACCCAGCACUUAGUGGAAGGUGUUGUUUCUGGAUACAACGCAACAGUGUUUGCUUAUGGCCCCUCAGGUGCAGGGAAGACCUACACCAUGCUGGGGAUGGACGCGGAGCCUGGGAUCUACCUGCAGACCCUCGCCGACCUCUUCCGGGCUAUCGAGGAGAUCCGUGACAGUGCAGACUGCAGCGUGUCCAUGUCCUACCUCGAGAUUUAUAAUGAAGUGAUCCGAGAUCUCCUGAACCCAUCCUCUGGGUUUCUGGACCUGAGAGAAGAUUCUAGGGGCAGCAUCCAGAUCGCAGGCAUCAUGGAGGUCUCUACCUCAAACGCCCAGGAGAUCAUGCAGCUGCUCACCAAAGGCAACCGGCAGCGCACGCAGGAGCCCACGGCCACCAAUAAGACAUCCUCUCGCUCCCACGCCGUGCUGCAGGUCACCGUGCGCCAGCGGAGCCGUGGCCCAGAUUUGGUGGAGGAAGUGCGCGUUGGGAAGCUCUUCAUGGUGGACCUGGCAGGCUCAGAGCGGGCAUCGCAGACCCAGAACCGCGGCAAGAGGAUGAAGGAGGGUGCCCACAUCAACCGCUCCCUGCUGGCACUGGGCAACUGCAUCAAUGCACUCAGCGAGAAGGGCGGCAGCCGGGCGCAGUACGUGAACUUCCGAGACAGCAAGCUCACACGCCUGCUGAAGGAUGCCCUGGGAGGGAAUAGCCGGACCGUGAUGAUCGCACACAUCAGCCCAGCCAGCACGUACUUCGAGGAGUCUCGGACCACUCUGCUGUAUGCCUACAGGGCAAAGAACAUCAAGACAAGGGUGAAGCGCAAUCUGCUGAACGUGUCCUACCGCAUUGCACAGUACACGGACGUCAUCUCUGACCUGCGCAGGGAGAUCGAGCACCUCAAGUCCAAAAUUGAGAAGCAGGAGGGGGAGAAGAGAGUCAUGAUCCCCCCCAGUGAUGGAGAGGAGGAUAGCCGCCUGCAGAUGAACAAGAUCCGGGCACAGCUCAUCGGAGCCUUCAAGGAGCAGUUGGAGAUGCGGCGCAGCCUGGUGGAGCUGGAGAACACGAACAUCGAGCUGCAUGUUGACACGUCCCGCCACCUGCUCACCAUUGCAGACUGGGAGCGUGAGAAGACCCACCAGCAUGCACACAGGGAGAGGACGUCAGAGAGGGACGAGGAGCCAGCAGAGGCUGAUGCAGACGGGGAUGAGGGCGAGUCUGUGGAGCCACACGAGGUGGCUCUGGCCAGAGAGGAAGUCAACAUGCUUUUGGCUGAGCAACGGAAAACUGCAGCCCUCAAGGCUGGGCUGGAGCAGCGCCUGGCCAAUGCCAAGAAGAAGGCCUCACAGCUGGAGAAGCUGCUGCCCACGCAGGUCAUCAGUGAGGACCAGCGGGAGGUGCUACGGCUGCUGUGCCGGGCCCACGAGCUGGAGGUGGAGAACACGGAGCUGCAGGCCAACAAUCUGUGCCGGAGGAACCUCAUGUGCCAGAAGGACUUUGUGAUCCAGCGCUACCACCAGCACCGGCUGCUCUGUGAGCAGCUCAUCCAGGAUCAGUGGCAGCUGAUUCAGGGGGUUGGCAUCGCUGUGCCGGAGUCCCUGGCCAGGCGGCGCUGCCUGUACUCACGGGAGCUGGGCGCGGGCUCGCUGAACCGCCUGCUGCUGCUGCACGCCGUCAUGUCCAGCUCCCUGCGGGAUGGCUCUGUUCUGAACACAUCCCCGCCGCCGCCGGAGGAGGCCAGCCGAGACCAGCUGGACGACAGGAAGGACCUCCCAUGGGGCGCCCAGUUCGAGCUGCCACCCAUGCUGCUGGAGACAGACAGUGGCUACAGGUCGUCACAAGGCACACCAUCAAAAACGCUGGGAAAGCAAGAUUCCCUUCUGCCCCCGCCGUCCCUCCGCAUCCUGCUAACCCCUCCAUCUCACGAGCAGUCGAGCUCCCUAAGUGUGAAGAAUUUGGUCUCCAAGCUGUGCUCCCCCACUGGCCGGGACCUGGGCGCCUCACAGGUGGCAGCGGAGGCUGGUGGCCUGGCCCUGAGCGCUCAGGCCCUCAAGGAGAUGGCCGUGAGCACCAAGAGCAUUGCCCUCAUCGCGGCCACCCGGCGCUCCAAAGCACAGGACCGCGAGGGUGGCGGUGGCCGCUCCUCCAUCCGCCUUCUGGAGGAGGUGGCCCCGGACUCCAGGGCCCCGAAGGCCAGCGUCACCCCAGACCCAAGCCCAGCAGACAGGAGGUGGCUCCUUGCCAGCCCGGGCAGGGACUGUUCUACGGAGAGGAAGGCCAGGAGGAAGCGGUCACCCUCCCUCACCUGGAGCGUGCAGACGGCAGCAGAGCAUGGGGCUGAGAGCCAGCCGUCCCCAGCAGUCCUGCAGCUCACCAAGUCAUCUGGAAAGAGCUUCUUCCCUCCCGUCCCCGCGGCCUCCAAGAUAAAACCCAGCCUCAGUUCCCACACAGACGAGAAGAUGCUCCAGAUGCCCGAGGUCAGCUUCACCUUCCCCAGCGCCACGUGGCAGAGCAGCCCGGGCCCAAGCAGGGCCCCACUCCUGCCCCGGGACAUCCGAGGGUCUACGGAUAGUGGAGGCCGACACCACAGCCCACUGCCUCCCAGCACGCCCCGCAAGCCCCGGGGCAGCGGCAAGCGGCCGAGAAGGCCACAGUGAGGAUGUCAGCCAGAAGGCCAGGCAUGCGAGGGAAGGCCGGAGAGGCCGGCCCCAGGCACAGGGCUCUCUCUGCCCUGGAGUUGAGUUCAAGAGACGGAGCCCUGGCAAGGACACUUCAGGGGGCAGCCAGCCAGCUUCCCACUGCUCUCUGUGCUGACGGCUGCCUCACCAACCGUGCCAGAGGGAAGGCCGUUGAUGGAACAUCAGAGCCCUUCUGAAGGACAUCUCAGGAGGAGCCUCAGGCCUCGUUUGGGUCAUUCCCAGUUGUGAGUGAUAUUCCCAGGAUCACUCCACCCCACAGUUUCUGCUCUGGGAGAAUGGUUUCACUCUUCACCUGAUUGGGCGAGGCCCACCCACACUGCGGCAGGUCCUCUGCUGAACCCGACAUCUCCUUACUGAUGUAUUUAUUUUUUAAAGAUUUUAUUUAUUUGUUCAUGAGAGACACAGAGAGAGGCAGAGACACAAGCAGAGGGAGAAGCAGGGAGCCCGAUGCAGGACUUGAUCCUAGGACUCUGGGAUCACAACCUGGGCCAAAGGCAGAUGCUCAACCAUUGAGCCACCAAAGCGCCUCUCCUUACUGAUUUAAAUGUUAAUCUCAUCUGAAGAACACCUUCACAGCACCACUGCCCGCUGAUGUUUGAUGAAACGCCUGGGUAUCAUGGCCUGGCAUGUUGAUGUUUCAAAUUCACCCUCACGCCCCAUGGGCCUUGGCCAGCAGAGUGACACCAUCCUGUCCCCAUGUUCACAUAGGCUCUGGGGGAAGCCUGCAUUGGGGAAGCAUGAGAACACUCCCCAUUCUCGUGACCCAUCCAUCCUGUCACUGUGUUGUAAUGUCCGUCCCCACACACCACAGCAUGGAGGACAUUGAAGCAGAAUCGUCAAGGAGCAUGAAGCCACCCGUGUAAACUGGGAACCCAGAAAUCGAGGUCCUAAUCUUUUGUCAAGACAGGAAAGUCCGGGAAACUUUGAGCACCACCCGUGGAGGGCUGAAUCAUCGCCUUCUCCAGCUGUGCUUUCAGCGCUUGCUGUGGCUUUCAAACCACUGCCUACAUCUCGGGCUCUCAGAGGCAUCCCCAUUUGGAGGCCAUGGGGACCAGAGCUACCUCCGAUGCAGCAUCCAGUGGAAUCUAUGGGUUUUAGGAAUCAGCUUGUUAGCACAUUAGGGCUGGAAGGUGGAGGCGUGUUGUUGUCUCACGGCCUGAGCAGUCAGCAGGUUGGCUUGGACCUGUGUAUGCCUGGCACAUGGCAGACACCCUAUAAGUGUGCAAACUGCACAGCUGGAUGCCAGAUGCCAUGCCCUCUCAUCGUAGGACCUGCGGUCAAGGAGGAGCUGCUGGGCCUUCUGGAAGAGUGUGUGGAGUUGGGGAGGUCGGUCCCACUUAUCUUUGGGGGCUCUGCUGUCUGCUUGGUGCAGACCUGCCAGGGGCACCCUCUGAUGCUCACUUCCCCUUCCCUGGGGGAAAUGCUGAGCCUGGGUGACAAGGAUGACUUCUGCUUUCCUGCCCUGGCCCCAGAUCCUGGGUAGGGCAAGAGUUACUGGUUGCCCCCUAUAUCUGCUCACUUUGUUCCAGGAUAAUAGAACCCCUCAUUUUUAGCUAGUCAAACAGCUCACAAAAUAAGGACUGUAUCUCCCAGCCUCCUUUGUGGCUGCAUAUUGCCAUGUAAACAAGUGACGGAUGGGAUGCAAGCAGCUGCUUCCAGGAAUCUUCACCACAAAGGAUAAUACGCAUUUUCCUCAUGCCUCUUUCCUUCUUCACUUCCUCAAUCAUACUGCCUGGAAUUUGGAUGUGAUGGGUGGAGCUCUAGCCACCGUUUUGAGGCCUUGAGGACAGAGGCCUUGAGGACAAAGGCCGGCCCUCAGGAGGAUGGAGUGGGAAGCUGGAAGGAGCAGAGAUGCCUCUCAGCAUUGUUACACCCUACCUGCAGAUGAGAACUUGAGAGGAAUAAAUGUGUAUCCAACGUUCACCUUGUCUUAGCUGAUCAAGGAGGGGAAGCCCAGGCAGUUGGCAAGUUGUGGCCAGAGAAGUCCCUGGUAAUUUUGUGAAAUGACAUCAACAGAUUAGAAAUGACAGCAUGGUAGGACGUGGUGUCAAAUAGGGCCCCCAAGUUCUUCCUAGGCUGGUGUGAACAUACAGAAGGAACUCCUGGUCUUUCUUCAUCCUGCCUUGAGCUGGGUGGAAAGGUGGGCCACAAAGAGAGCUGUAGACCGGUAGGCUAUGGACUGGCCCAGGCAUCUGAGAGAUGGCUGAGGAGGCACUUAUAUCGGGGGAGUAGGGGUGGUAUCCCAAUCUCAUGGGGGGCGGUGUGUGUACUAGGGUUCUCCAGCAAAACAGAACUACUGGGGUAUGUGUAUGUGUGAAGAUACUUGGUCUAGGGAACUGGCUCAUAAUUGCGAAGGCUUGGCGAGUCCACAAUCUUCAGGGUGGGCCAGCAGGCCAGAGGCCCAGGGAAGUGCCACAGAAAUCCCUUUUCCUCGGUGAAGCUCAGGCUUUUGUUCUAGUCCAGCCUUCAGAUGGUGAGAUGAGGCCCACCCACGUUGUGGAGGGCCGUCUGCUGAUUCACAUGUUAAUCUCACCCCCAAACACCCACAUGGGAACAUCCAGAAUAAUGUUUGACACACAUCUGAGUGCCAUGGCCCAGCCACAUGGACAUGUAAAAUUUGUUGUCCCGGGGUGGUAGGGGGACACAGGACCAGGAAGAGCCAGGGUGGAGAGGUUCACAGCCCCUCUGGGCCAGCGGUUGACAGCUGGGGAGGCCCCUGAGCUCAGGGUCAACCCAGGUGAUGGAGGUGGGAGGAGGGGGAGGAUCUUGAAUUUGGCCCAGUUUGAACCCAAAAUGACUGAGAAAAAUAACACAAGCAUCUGAGUAUCCCCAGGGGUUGUAUUUGGGUGCAUUGAGCUCAUGUGACUGUAGAACUUGCACCUGUGUCAGAAAGGUCACACUGUGAUCUCACCACUUUAGAAAGGCAGAAAAUUACAUAAAGGGAGCAUUAAGAAUGUCCUUCCCCACCUUGUGCCUUUUUGGAGGUAAAUCCCCUUUAACAAUUGGGUGCAUGCUCUUCCCAGUUUUCCCACAAAAUAACCCAUUAAGAAGUGUCUCAGCGUAGGUCCCCACAAUUGCAGAGGCUGUCACAAGACCAGGACACAGGUGGCUUCUUUGGGAGGUGAUGCCAGGGGAGCAGGGAGGCCAGACCAUGUGAGACUGGGAAGGGAGAAAGCCACCAUGCCCAUGGGUAUCACCAUGGUGCCUCUGUGGGCAGCAGGAGGUGAAGUUUGCUUACCAGCCUGGAAUCGACCCCCAAGCACCAGGGAAGGGGAUCCUGGGGGCACUGGGCCUGCCUUAGGCUGUGUUUGCAAGUGGCCCAAGCAUUCUCUCCCCAUCCCCAGCAGUAGAGGAGUCCCUGGGCAGAGAAUGGAAACUCUGAUGCAAAACUCAGAGCAAACUACAUUUCGGCCACAUUGGAUCUGUCUGCAGGCUGCAGCUUAAGGCCAAGGUGAGGCCUGGGGGCCAGAGGCAUCUGGGACAAAAAAAUCCUUUGCAUACAUUCUCAUGCACAAACGUGUGCACACCCCCAUGAACCGGUCUCCCGCCUCCCACCCUGCUGUUGCUCACACUGUCCCCUCUGCUUGGAAGCCUUCCCCACCCUCUCUGCCACCUUCUAGUCCUUUCCCAGGAGGCCUCCUCUUCUUCCCUGCUGGGCCAGGUACCUCAGAGCCUCCCCUGGCACUGCACUCACCCACCACAUGACGACUGUCCCCAUCACUGUACGUUUGGCACAACAGACCAGCCCUGCCUUACAUCUCUGUGUCCUCCCUGGCCCCGAGCAGGUGCCCAUGGAUGGCUGUGGGAUGGAGGGACAAGGGUGGGAGGGAGCAGGUGUGGGCAGGUACUGCGCUGAGAGCAGGAGGUGCAGGGCUGAGGCCCUGACCUGGGACAGCUGUGUGUGGUGGGAGGUUGGUCCCUCCGCAGCCAGCAUGGCACACUGGGAGAUGUGCAUAUGUGUACACAUGCACAGCAGCCAUCCAGGUGCUUUUCAGGGCCUGUGCUGGGCCCCAAUCGAGGCAAGGGAAUGCAGGCAUUGAAACAAACAAGAUGUCAAAGAAACGAGAGGGUAAAGCUUUAUCCAGCCCCUAACCUCACUGCAAGCCCCUAGGGGCUGUCGUCAGCUUAUGGCCUGGGGAUGUGGAGCACUACGUUGGGUAUUCAUGCCCAGGUAGCAGAGCUGGGAUUUGAACCCAGGGUGUGUGGCCUCUUCCCUUGUGACCCCUGGAAGCCAGGCAGGAUAUGCUGGGCAAUAGAGAGUCACAGCAUGUUCACAAGCAAGAAACACAAGGGUGGCUCACAGCGGCUCGGUGAAGGUGGGCUGAAGGCUUGUGGACAAGGAAUGAGCAUGUUAGAGAGUCCUUUACCGUUUGAGAACCUGGUGAGAUCCUGUGGUUGCCAUCCAUGUCACAUAUGCACACCUGUGUGUCUACCCUCACCGGUAUGUGCCACGUGGAACGGCCACGGAAGGAAAUCCUGGGAACGGGUCACUGUGAGGGGCUCAGGGGCAGGUGGGCAGGAGACUCCUUUUCAUUGCAUGCAUUUUCUAUGCAUUUGGAUCUUUGUUGUCUUCCUGUAACUUCAUGUGGGAAAAAAAAGGAAUUAUUUUUAAAAAAUAACAAUAGUUCUAUAUGCUGGGGAGGGCAGCUCUCUGAAAUAUACCAAUAGAGGUUCAGAACAGCAUGUAUGAUAGGCUCUUAUGUCUAUAUGACAAUUAUAUAACGUAUGCAAA